UUACUUCCCAUUCAUCUUCCUGAAGGUCCACUUUGUUUGGUAUCGGUUGCUGUUUGGUUACCAUUCGCGUGUUUGAGAUCGCUCGUGUCACUGCACCUUUCAAAUACGAACGGCAUCAUGGUAUAUACCGCUUCGUUCGCCUUUUUCGAGGCUAUCUACGAGGCCGGCGUCACACAUUGCUUCGUCAACCUUGGCUCUGACCAUCCUAGCAUCAUUGAAGCAAUUGUCAAAGGACAAAAUGAGAAGAAUGGUAACUUCCCACGUAUCAUCACGUGUCCCAAUGAGAUGGUCGCUUUGAGUCUGGCUGAUGGAUACGCAAGACUUACCAACAAACCUCAAUGCGUCAUUGUACACGUUGAUGUUGGUACCCAAGGCCUUGGAGCCGCAGUUCACAAUGCAUCCUGUGGAAGAGCACCUGUUCUCAUCUUCGCUGGGCUUUCCCCCUACACCAUCGAGGGUGAAUAUCGAGGUUCAAGAACCGAAUACAUCCACUGGAUCCAAGAUAUCCCGGACCAGAAGCAAAUCGUUGCACAGUACUGCCGUUACACUGGUGAGAUCAAGCGUGGAGCCAAUGUCAAACAGCUGGUCAACAGAGCAUUGGCUUUUGCUACAAGUGAGCCAAGAGGACCUGUAUACUUGGCUGGUGCUCGAGAGGCCAUGGAAGAGGACAUCGAACCGUACAAGCUUGAUCAACGUUAUUGGACAGCAGUGGAGCCGAGUGCUUUGACCCCAAAGCAGGUCCAGAAUGUCGCUCAACUUCUGGUCGAAGCCGAAUCACCUCUGAUCAUCACCGGCUACAGUGGGCGUAAUCACAAUGCUGUCACAGCGCUUGUGGAGCUUGCCAAUACCGUCAAAGGCCUCAAAGUCUUGGAUACUGGUGGCAGCGAUAUGUGCUUCCCUGCUGACCAUCCAGCAUGGUUGGGUCUUAGAUAUGGCGUGGAGGACAACAUCAAGACUGCAGAUGUGAUCAUUGUGCUGGACUGUGAUGUCCCCUGGAUCCCUACUCAAUGCAAGCCCAAAGACGACGUCAAGAUCAUUCACAUCGACGUGGAUCCUCUCAAGCAGCAGAUGCCAGUGUUCUACAUCAAUGCUCUGGCAAGAUACCGUGCCGAUUCUGAGACCGCCGUAUCGCAGAUCACAGAGCAUCUGAAGACGAAGUUUGAGGCCGAGAUCACAAGCAGCAAGUUUGAGGAGAAGUGGGCCAAACUUCAGGACUCGCAUAAGCAACGUCUGCAAACUAUCUCAGACCAAGCAAAGCCUGGCGAAGAUGGUACAUUCGGCUGCUCAUACUUGGUUCAUGAGCUGCGCAAGUCAUGUCCGCAAGACACCAUCUGGGCUAUUGAAGCGGUGACGAACACGGCGUUUGUCGCAGACCAGAUCCAGGCCACAUUCCCAGGCUCCUGGAUCAACUGCGGCGGUGGAGGACUCGGAUGGUCAGGAGGUGGUGCUUUGGGAAUCAAACUCGCGACCGACUUUGAGAACGGUGGAAAGGGCAAAUUCGUCGUACAGAUUGUCGGCGACGGCACGUAUUUGUUCAGCGUGCCAGGAUCCGUCUAUUGGAUCGCCCAGCGCUACAACAUCCCGAUUCUCACCAUCGUGCUGAACAACAAGGGAUGGAACGCGCCACGCAAGUCGCUCCUGCUUGUUCACCCGGAAGGAGAAGGCAGCAAAGUAUCGAAUGAAGAACUCAACAUCUCAUUCGCACCUACACCCGACUACUCAGGCAUCGCAAAGGCAGCAUCCGGUGGCAAAUGUUGGGCCGCUCACGCAGGCACUGUUGAUGAAUUGGCAAGACUGCUUCCCGAAGCCAUUGAGGCGGUCAAAGGCGGUACCUGCGCUGUGCUGGACGCACAUCUUGACGGACCACAGGGCAAAUACGGUGGUGGAAAGGCUGCCUUGGUGGGCUGAGCCGCAACGCAGUCAAGACUGCAAGUAUAUAUCUAGAACGUCUUCAUUGACAACGAACUAUAACGGCAAACAA